AUGAUCGCUUUUAUCUCUGCACUGAACAAUGCGAAGGGCGAGAUUGAGAUCAAUCUUGCCAACCAGCUGUGGUAUGCCCAAGGUGGCCAGCCGUAUCCUGCCCCCAAAACUGGUGCGGAUAUUAAGACUUGUCAAACAACCAAUCAGAAGACAAUUCUGUUGUCAUUUGGAGGUGCUGAGACGGCUGCGGAUAAGGGAUACGCCUCCGAUGAUGAGGCGAAGGCUGGCGCGAAGAAGAUCUGGGAAAUGUUUGGACCCAAGACAGCUGCCAGCAGUAUUCGUCCAUUCGAUGAUGCAGUUGUCGACGGCUUCGAUUUCGACUUUGAAGAUGAAACAGCCGUUUUUGCAAGUCGUCAUCGCGAUGCCUUCAUAAAGGAACUAAGUUCUCUUGCGAGAGCCGCCGAGACGGCAGGAGGCAAGAAAUUCUACUUUAGUGCAGCCCCAGAAUGCACGCAAAAGAACAGCCUCCUGAGCUCGAUCAAGUACGACAUGGUUUUCGUGCAAUUCUACAACAACCCCACUUGCGACGUACGCAAAUACCAACAGAGCGAAUCGACGAACACGUUUUUCAACCAGUGGGACGAAAUUGCAAAGUCGAACGGCACGAAAUUCUUUGUAGGUCUUCCUGGCUUCUCAUCUGCGGCCACAAAUGGAGGAUAUGUGAGUCCUGAAAACUUGACUGGGUAUCUCAAACCAGCUCUUUCCCUCACCAACAUGGCCGGUGCUAUGUCAGGCCUGGGGCCAAACGACAUGUAUCACAAGAAGGUCAAUACUGCUUUGGUAAGCAAGUAA